ACUUUAGAACAGGGGAGGGGGUUGUUGGUGGCUUCCCUCUUCCCUGGCAGGAAGAGGCUGAGCGCCUUCUCUCUUUCCAUCUCAUGCACUUGAACCUCAAAUGUCCCUGCUGACAGCCCUUUCAGGAAGUGCUGGGACUUCCUGCAAAUAUGACCAGCUGUGAUGCAAAGGCUAGAAGAGGAGAGAGAAGGAAGGAAAGUGCACUUGGAUUUUUGUUCUGCUGUCUAGUUCUGCAAUCUGGACAAGAAAGCAAACUCCCUAAGGCCAGUUUGAAACUAGUUCAUGGAGCUUGGGUUAAAGAGGUUCUGGAUGGUGGUGGAAUUGACAACAAUGCAGAACUGGCAUUCUGUCCAUGCUGAUGAUCUAUACUGAAGUGGUCCCUGCUGUAGUCUGCUGUUUGGCCAUUGUGGGAAUAGAAUGCUGGACUUGACAAGGCCUUUGAUCUGAUCCAGACUGGGAAAUUCUGACGUUGUUAUCCUGGAAUAGAGGACUAUGACUUCUAAAGAAUGCAGACAAUGUCUUCAUAUCCUGCAAGUACACAUGAAGAGCUCAGAUCCUUAUAGACUGCCUCCACCUUUGCUCCGGCGAUUGUAUGAUGGCCAAGGGAUUUCCUAUGAGGCACUGCUCAGGCUGUCAGGCAAGGAAGCUAUUGGUCCCCAGGCACUUGCCUCUUCCCAGAAACGCGACAUGCACGACUUUUUUGUUGGUCUCAUGGGCAAAAGGACCACAGAGCCUGAUAAUCCCACAGAAGAUAACAAGGCAAAGCUCACUGGCUUUGGGAACAUAAAAUAUUCACCAAAUGCAGAAUGAGGUAUCAUGCAAGAGUGAGGGACAAGCCCCAUGCCUGCAGGAUCUCAAGAAACCAACACCAAGCUGAUGUCAUCCACCAAAGCCCAGCAUCUCUCAACCAAACCCUUGGAUGUACCAUGGAGACCUCAUCUUGUCCUGUGCCUCCAGCUGCCAUGUCCUUUCCCCUUGAUUCUGACCUUUAUUCCAACCUAUUCCUCCCUGUAAUCUCUAGUGUUCCAUUUGAAAAUUUUGAGAAAUAUCAUUCUCUCCCACCAUGGUGCUUUGUCCCCUGUAUCCAUGUUUGAUGAAUCUGCAAAUAACUCUCCCAUGCCUCAAGCAAAACCAGUCCACUUGCCCACCCUUUUGUGGCACAGAUUAAGAACACCUCAAAAACUUAUACAAUAACAGGGUUUUUACUUAUGACCUGC